AUGGCACCAUCUCGUAGGACUCCACAAUCUUCCCCAGGCGAUGUGCCAGAUAUCGCUAGAACAAUUGAAGCAAUGGUAGCUGCCAUGACACCGCAAAGUACGGCAAUGAUGCAACAAAAUGAAGCAUCAAUGCAGCGACAGCUGGAGGAGAACAGGGUAGCUGCCCCUGAUUUUGGCCCGGAGCCACGUCCUACGGCCAUGGAGUGGAGUCUGGAGGACUUUCUAAAAUACCACCUAGUGAAGUUUGGAGGCAAGACCAGUUCAGAUGCAGCCGACCAGUGCCUGAAAGACCUGGAGAGGAUAUUUGACGCUAAGAUGUGCCUAGAGGAGAGUAGACUGGCAUUCGCAGUGUACAUGCUCACGGGUGAGACUGAGCACUGGUGGGUCAGCAUGAAGUCCAUCAUGGAGGAGAGGCAGGAGCCAGUCACUUGGGACGCCUUCAAGAGGAAGUUCCUCUCCGAGUACUUCCCUGACAGCGUCAAAUACGCUAAAGAGGUAGAGUUUUUGCAGUUGACCCAAGGAAGCAAGUCUGUGACUGAGUAUGCAGAAAAGUUCAAGCACCUCAGUCGUUUCUACACCAUGCCACCGGAUGAAGAGUGGCGAUGCCAAAAGUUUGAGAACGGCCUCCGCGGGGACCUUCAUUUGAUGGUGGCCCCGCUAUCCAUCAAGGAUUUUGCAGCCUUGGUGGAGAAGGCCAGGGUCAUGGAAAAGAUGAAGGUGGAAGUGGAAACUCAGCACCCUCACCAGCAGAGAGUGGGAGGACCGUCUAGGUCCAGGCAUAGGCAUGAGGAGAGGAGGAAGCCCUAUACUAGGCCCCAUUUUCAGUCCCAAGGGUCUAGGGAGUCUUCUUCCCAACAGAGUAGGGUUCAGUGCUACCAGUGUGGGGGACCGCACAAGAGAAAUGUCUAUCCCCAGCUUGCAGGCUUCAAGAGGUGCAACAAUUAUGGCAAGGAGGGCCACUUCGGCAGAGAUUGCCCCACCCUUGUGAGAACAGCGACGCGUACUCCAGUUCCAGCCCCAGUUCAGAAUCAGCAAAGGAGGGGAGGCAACGGGCCUCAAGCAUCGGGCAGAGUGUACGCCAUGACUGGAGCAGAGGCAGCAGGCUCAGGUAACCUUGUCAUGGGUCGUUGUGUGAUUGCUGGUAAAUAUGCAUGUGUUUUGUAUGACUCUGGAGCAACACACUCUUUUGUGUCUGAAACUUGUGUGCAAAGGUUGGGUCUGCCAGUUUGUGAACUGCAAUGUGACCUUGUGGCAUCUACUCUAGCAUCGGGUUUGGUCAGGACAUCGUCUUUGUGUACUAGGUGUCCAGUGGAGGUAGAAGGCCGCAGGUACAAAGUGAAUCUGAUAUGCCUACCUUUACAGGAGUGGGAAGUGAUCCUAGGAAUGGAUUGGCUCUCCGCCACUAACCGGGCCAGUGUCGAUGGCUCCAUACCGUAUGGCUCCGGCAGAGUUGGUGGAACUCAAGAAAUAGAUAAAGGAUUUACUGGGGAAGCAGUUUAUCCGACCCAGUUCCUCACCUUGGGGAGUGCCGGUGCUGCUGGUGAGGAAGAAGGAUGGGAGUUCGCGGUUGUGUGUAGACUACAGGCAGUUGAACAAGAUGACCAUCAAAAACAAGUAUCCCCUCCCGAGAAUAGACGACCUGAUGGAUCAGUUGCAUGGGUCAUCGGUAUUCUCGAAGAUUGA